CAGUAACGCAAACAGCUCAAAUCUCCCUUUCUCUAUAGUUUUACAAUAUAUAGUUAAUAAUGCCUAAGUCGCGGUACGAAUGAAGGCAUUGUGGGAGUAUCACGCCAAAGGUUGAGAAUGGCGUCUCAUCUGAUCACCCAAAACGCCCUCAAGCCAUCACCUCUCAUCGCAUUGCUCAACCGAAUAACGCCGUGCUCUCAAGAAUUUCUAACAAAUAUUUGCUCUUUCUGGUCGGAACCUCAAACAGACGAUAGCUUGGUGGUAUGCGCUAUUUUUGAUAAACGAUAUAGUUUCCUCAAUGGGUACGUUUACACCCCUAUCUCGAUAUCCACUGUCGACGAAUCCUCUGGGGAGAUAAUCUUGGACUAUGGACGAUGUGAAGGAGGAGUACCUGUUUUUGAAAUAUCAACGGCAACCAGCGAAAAUGAGACUGUGGAGUUUGAUGUUAUAUAUAGCGAGACCCGGGAGGGCAUUGGUAAUGAGCAAGGCGAUGGGCCAUUCUUCUUGUUCUCAAAUGCCAUGAACACGUACCGUCGGGAAAGUUAUAAACUCAAGACUUCCGAUGCGCCUACGAGACUAGAAGCCAGAUAUACCCAACAGUCACAAAGAUACCAAAAGCUGAUCCUACGGACACCCAAAUCAACGCUCAAAUUUUCAGUCAUUGGAUUCCGCGACUUACGUCAGAAGACACCCAUAAUAUCUUCAUUUAGAUGCUCGGAUGAAGCAUUGAACAAUAUUUACGACGAUGGGGUCAGGACGGUCCAGAUGUGCACGAUGGCGGCAGGAGAAACGCUUCCAAGCUGGGAAGUCACAGACAGUGGUACAAGAGUCUUUGGUCAACAUUGGGCGCCUUGCAGAUAUGGCACACGCUGGGCCGAUAUAACAGUUCAAUUUGAUGUUUUAAUAGAGCAGUCGGGCGCAAGCUGGGGGAUUCAUAUGGUUGCAAAUGGACUCAUAUUCUCCCUGGAUGUCGAAAAACGCUUGGUUACCGCAUUCGAGGGGUUAUCACACGUCAACAGUGUGUUUCCAAGCACACCUCGGGGGUCAUGGACAUUGGGAGAUGAAAAUCUGGGUAACUGGAUUGCUGUAAAGAUCUCUACCAUUGGCGCUUCUGUAACUCUAGAAAUAGAUGGCGACAUGGUUGCGACUCUGGACGACCUGAACAUCCAUCCUCUCCUAGGUGGUGCUGCAAACAAUACCGGAUCGAUCGCAUUUGGUGGACCCUCUUCCUAUACAGCUCUGUACCGGAAUUUAAUUGUUGCCGACACCGAUGGCCAGAUUUUAUAUGAGAACAACUUGCUGCCAGAAAAUAAGCAACGCACGAUGGUUGAUUUUGCCGUUGGCACAAACCAGGUUCCCUGUACUAUAGAUGGUGCAAAAAGGGAUCGCGCUGUAUUUGGGGGAGAUCUAUACGUCAUGGGACGAUCGCUCUAUUAUUCGACAGGCCGGUUUGAGGCUAUUCGGGGUAGCAUUGACCUACUAACAAGCCAUCAAAUGGAGGGAGGAUAUUUGGGAAAUCUUUCCCCGGCCCAAGCACCGCUUCAUGAUGAAAAUACAGAGCCACCAACCGACAAAUUUUACUCUCUGAGUUAUUCACUGUUGCUAAUCACAGCGAUCAAGGACUAUUGGCUUCACACCGGCGAUGAGAAUGUUGUUCGUGGGGUUUGGCAUAAAUUAGAGAAGCUUCUGCAUUUCACCGAGACGUUCCUCGACAGCCGCGGCUUGGUUGUUGCGCCACCGCCGCUUUCAAUGGAUUGGUUUCCCCUGGGUGGUCCUAUCUUUGGGGCUUCUGCUAAGAUAAAUAUGGCGUAUUAUGAGGCGUUGGCCUCAAUGGCAACAAUGAGCGGCGAGCUUCAUAUGACUGACUGCUAUACAAGCCGUUUAGAACCGCUCAAACGCAGUAUCAAUGAGCAUAUGUGGAGCGAGAAAGGACAAGUCAUGAAGAUGAGUUGCACAUCGAAUCCACUAGGUAUCUGCCAAGACGUGAACGCCUACGCUGUUGCGACUGGUAUUGCACCGCCGAAGUCGGAUCGGUUAGCAUCUGACUAUACUGAAAACCCUACAGCCUACCAAGGUAUCGAAGGUUGGGAUAGGAUAAAGAUUAUUAGCCCCUAUGCGACCGGCUUCGCAGCGGAAGCUCAUUUUAUUGACAAUGAUCCUGAAGCGGCAAUCAAACUUAUCAAGCACGUCUGGGGCAUGAUGGCAGAUCCAUCCAACGAAAAUUAUUCGGGCGCACAUUGGGAAGCAAUGAAGCCCGAUGGUAAGCCAUUUGGACACGACACUUCGCUUGCUCAUGGUUGGUCAACUUGGCCAACAUUUCUUUUACCUCAAUAUCUCGGAGGUUUAACGCCACUCGAACCGGGGUGGAAGAGAUGGUCUGUUAAGCCGCUGCUUGCUGGAUUGUCGGAGGUUGAUGUUACUUUGAAAACAGUGGCGGGUGUCAUACAAAUGUCAUUGAGAAUACAAGAUGGAAAUAGUGAAGGGCAGAUUCGAGUAACGGUUCCGAGGGGAACUCAGUGUGUGGUAACUCCGCCUUCUGGUUGGUUAUUAGACUCCUCUGAAAAGAACACUUCUAAGAAUGGGACAUUGGUUGUGGAGGGAAAAGACGUAGAAAUCGUUGUAGGUAUAGUAAAGAAGGU